UAAUUUUCUAAAACUAAACUACCUGUAAUUUUAUUAAAUUUGUAGUCCCUUUCAAGAUGAGUCUCUUCAGGUUAUUGAACUUUGGCAUUACACGAGGAACAUCGAUGUCGAAGACACAUCAAUCAAAUUGCGAGUGUAGUCCCAAUUUAAUUAAAAUUCGUCCGUCCUCAUCCCACGACACAAUCCGAGUUCCCAUAGAGGUGGUGUUUUCCGACAAGUGCAAUAAGGCCUUGGCCUUCACUUUGGAGGAACGCCAGCGUUUGUGUAUCCAUGGACUCAUGCCGGCCUGCGUGCGAACCUACGAUGAGCAGAUGCUGGCCAUCGAGUCCAACUUUCACUCCUUCGAAUCGAAUGUGAGCAGAUAUCGCUAUUUGAGGGCACUGCGCCAGGGUUACGAGAGGCUGUACUUUCAAUUCGUGUCGAAGAACGUUAACGCGGUGCUGCCCAUUAUCUACACGCCCACUGUGGGCUUGGCCUGCACGGUGUACGGCAUGCUGUACCGUGGCAUGACCGGGAUUCACAUUACCAAGCAUGAUCGAGGACACAUGAAGCAGAUCCUGUCCAACUGGCCGAUGCGGAGAUCGGUGAAAGCCAUCUGUGUGACCGACGGCCAACGUAUCCUGGGAUUGGGUGACCUGGGAGCCAAUGGCAUGGGCAUAGCCGUGGGAAAAAUGGAACUGUACACAGCCCUGGCCGGAAUUCCGCCGAGCAUGUUGUUGCCAAUUUGCCUGGAUGUGGGCACAAAUAACAAAGCGCUCCACGAGGAUCCCUUGUACAUCGGUCUAAGGGAUGAGCGCCUAAAGGGCGAUGAGUACGUGUGCUUUGUGGAUGAGUUCAUGGAGGCAGUGGUAUCCACCUUUGGAGAUCAAACGCUCAUCCACUUUGAGGAUUUUGCGACACCCAAUGCAUUUAUGUUUCUGAAUAGGUAUCAGAAUUGCUACUGCCAUUUCAAUGACGACAUUCAGGGCACUGCCGCUGUGGGCUUGGGUGGAUUGCUUGGCAUCCAGAGGAUCACCAAGAAACCGCUGGAGGAGCAUGUCAUUCUCUUCGCCGGAGCGGGAAGCGCUGCCAUGGGCAUCGCCUAUUUGCUUAAGAUGGAGCUGAUGUCCAGGGGUCUCUCCGAGGCUGAUGCUGCCAAAAACAUAUAUUUUUACGAUCAAGACGGUGUAUUGACCACAACCAGGAAGAGCAUACCGGACAUUCUGUGCGUUUUCGCCAAGAACAUGAAGGAAACCAAGUCCCUGGAGACGUUGGUCGAGCAAGUGAAGCCCUCAAUUAUUAUGGGUGCCACCUCGGCACCAGGACUUUUCUCAGAGAAAAUAAUACGCACGAUGGCGGCGAGUCACGAGCGUCCUGGCAUCUUUGCCUUCUCCAAUCCCACCAUCAAAUCUGAGUGCACUGCCGAACAGGCCUACAAAUUCUCAGAUGGAAAGGCUAUAUUUUCGGCCGGAUCUCCUUUCCCGCCCGUGGAGUUCAAUGGCAAGAGGCUAACUCCUGGUCAAGCUAACAACUGUUUUGCUUUUCCCGCUUUGGUUUUGGCCACCAUGACCGUUUUGGCCACUCGAAUGCCAGACGAGAUAUUCCUUUUAGCCGCCCACGAGCUCGCUGAGUUCCCAACAAAUGAGGAGAUACAGAGUGGACGUAUCUAUCCCCUGGUGAAGCAGGCCAAUGAAGUGGCCUACAAAAUAGGCGUGAAAGUGGCCAAGUAUCUGAUAGAAAACGGUUAUGCUAAGCGCACUUUGGAGCCAGAAGAUGUUGAGGAGUAUAUCGAAAAGAAUAGCUAUAAGCUGACCUAUGGCAGUUCGCUGGCUGAGACUUGGGCGUAUCCAAAGAUGAAGCCGCAUCCAAGUACAGCGGGCCAUGAGAAUAAAGAUCAAAAGAAAAAGUAG